GGAGCGGGCCGGGCGCCGAGUCCUCGCGAGGUUUGCGCGCUCGCGUUCUGGUGGCGGCCGAGGGGCCUGGCGUGGUCCGGCGCGGGCCUUGAGGUUCUGGCCGGGCGGCGCUGGCCCGUGUCCCCUGCCGGGCCCGGAGUUCCCUCGCGUCCCUGCCCCGCCGGCCCCGCAGCCGAGAUGGGCUUCCUCAAGUUGAUCGAGAUCGAGAAUUUCAAAUCGUACAAGGGGCGGCAAAUCAUCGGGCCCUUCCGGCGCUUCACGGCCAUCAUCGGGCCCAACGGAUCCGGUGCGCGGGCGGGGCUGGGGCGGCGAGGGGAAGGCCCGGCGAGUCGCCGUCCUGGGAGGGAGGCCUCCGCCUUGCGGGCGCCAACUUGGUUCGCGCGUUUCUAUCAGCUGUGAAUGGCCAGUCGCUCGGAUACGCCGCUUUGAGAGAGUUUUCCACAUUUGGGGCGAAAUGUUGGGGGGUCGCUUUUUCGUUUGUCUGUUUGGAAGCAGGUGUCGCCCGCUGACAGGCGCACCUGCAGACCCCCCCCCCGUCAUUCAGCUGCUGAGAAGACAAACCCGACCAGCUGGGUUUUUUUCUUCAAAAUAAUGGUGCAGGUAGAGGGAAGGCAUUAAUGAGAAGCAACUUGGUUAUGAAAGUUUGGGGUUUAAAUAGCUGGAGGAGGCACCUUACUGCGGCAAAGGGUGGGGGGGGGAAGGCACUCCCCCCAAACUGUGUGAAAUUUGAGAAGGGACAGCGUUAAGCGGCAGGGUUGAGGACAUUCUUAGUGGUGAUAUUUGUCAGGAAAGGGGAGUGCUUAUUUUUUUAGAGAGAGGUUCAAAUCAUGGGGUGCCCAUCCCAGAUCAGAAGAGGCAUUCAAAGCAAGAAAUAAAUUUGUAUAUGCUCAGAGGCAAUCUUCACAGGUUACAGGGUUGUGGCACGUGCUACAAUGGUUUUAGGGCCCAGGAAGUGAAAGCUCAUAUGACACCCUGAGGGAAAGCCGUAUGGCACUUUUGCUAAAAUGCAUCAUGGUUUAUUUUGUUGUCCUCCAUCCAGGCAAGUCAAACCUCAUGGAUGCCAUCAGCUUUGUGCUUGGCGAGAAAACCAGCAAUCUGAGAGUAAAGACGUUGCGAGACCUGAUCCAUGGAGCCCCUGUAGGGAAGCCAGCUGCCAAUCGGGCAUUUGUCAGCAUGGUUUACUCUGAAGAUGGUGCUGAAGAUCGUACCUUUGCAAGGGUCAUAGUAGGUGAGCUUUGGGGGCAGGGUGAGGAAAUGGUUGGGUGUGUGUCAUGCUGUAGUAUUGGAGUCUCUGGUAAGCAAUGUUGCUGGGUGGCUUGAGCAAAGAAGACUGGGCUACUCUGAAAGGGGUCGUGUGGGGGGAGGUCCUGAAGUGAGUCCCAUUGUGUUCAGUGGGGCUUAUUUCCUUGAAAGUGUGAAUAAUAGUGCAGCCUUUACAUGCUUACAUGAAAGUAAGCCCCUAUAGAACUUAUUUCUGAAUCGCCUAUCGGGCCUAAAUCUGCUAGUGCAUUCUUCCAAAGAAAUCCCAUCCUGCUUUUCACAUUUACUUGUUUUCUGUGGAUGUCCUUUGUAAUACAUUCUUCCAACCCUAUUAUCAUCUUCAGAAUUGGGGAGUAGGGUUGAGGAGCUUCUGGAACUUGGAAGUCUUGGGUUUCUAGUGUUGACUGAAUGAGAUGUCUGUCUUCUAGGAAGCUCAUCAGAGUACAAAAUAAACAAUAAAGUGGUACAGCUGAGCGAAUACAGUGAGGAGCUGGAGAAACUGGGCAUUCUAAUCAAAGCUAGGAACUUUCUAGUCUUCCAGGUAAGCCCUCCUCCCCCUUUAUAAUCUCCCCAAACAGACAUGCUAUAGUAGAACAUAAAUUUAUUGGCAUUUUCCCACCCAGAGUCCACGUUGACAGCCAAACAUGAGCAGACUUUCUCGUAACACUUCCAGAGUUGCUGACACUUGAGCAAAGGUUCAUUUAAGAACAUAAGACCUGUAAGAUCAGGCCAGUGGUCUAACUGACUCAGUGUCUUGUUCUCACAGUGGCCAAUCAAAUAUCUUUGGGAAGCCCACAAGCAGGAAUUAGGUGCAACAGUACACUUAAUUGGGAUUUCCAGCAACUGGUAUUCAAUGUUACACUACCUUCAGCAGGUAGUAUACAGCCAUCAUGGCUAGUGGUUGUGCUUUGUGGGAUAUGGUAUGGGCUCCACAUGGAUUCUGGGACGGGCUCAUGUAAUCCUACUAGGAGGAGAGCAGAGAUGUGAGAUUCAAGCUAAUAGGAUCCAGUGAUGACUAACCUUUAAUUUAACAAAUAAUUAUUUUAACAAACCUUUCUGCUGUGAGGAAGGGCUCUAGCUCUGCAGUGGAGCAGUACAUACUUGUUGGUUUGUUAGUUACAUUUAUAUACCACCUUUUCUCCAAGGAGCUCAAGGUGGCAUACGUACUUCUCCUCCUUCCCAUUUUAUUUUCACAACAGCAACUUACCUGUGAGGUAAGUUAGGCUGAGAGUGAGUAACAGGCCCAUGUCUCUCAGUGAACUUCAUGGCUGAGUGGGGAACCUGGUCUCCCAGGUUCUAGUUCAGCUCUCUAACCAACAGGUUCCUGUUCAGUUCACAGCAUCUCAAGGUAUGACUGGGAAGGACUCCUGUUUGAAACCCUGGAGAGCCACUACUAGUCGGUGUAAACAGUGGUUGACUCUGUCCAAGGCUGCUUCUUAUCUUCCUAUAUUCCUCCUUCUAAUAGUGCUAUUCUAGUGCUACCCUAAAGUACAAAUGCAGACUCCAUUGCCUCUAGCCUAUUGUUUUGCCUCUAGCCUAUUGAGCUGGGAAGCUGGCAGCAGUGUGGUUCUGAAAAGACAGAUAAAAAAAUCAGACCUACACAGGGUCUAGCUGUGCCACAGACUCCCACUGCUUGUGUCAUUGGUGGCACCUGUGUCUCUGAUUUGUCACAUAUUAUUCAAUCCAUGCCAGAAGAAUGGAGAUGACUAGAUAAGAUGAAUCCCUUGGCUUGUUCUGAUGCUGCCUGUUUUCACUGCCCCAGGGUGCGGUGGAGUCUAUUGCCAUGAAGAACCCCAAGGAGCGCACAGCACUCUUUGAGGAGAUCAGUCGCUCGGGGGAGCUGGCUCAGGAGUAUGACAAGCGCAAGAAGGAGAUGGUCAAGGCAGAAGAAGAUACUCAGUUCAAUUACCAUCGGAAAAAGAACAUUGCCGCAGAGCGUAAGGAGGCUAAACAGGAGAAAGAAGAGGUAAAAACUGAAAGCUGCCAUUGGACUGUGCUUUCCUUAUGGGUCCAGAAUGUUGUCACACUAUCCCUUGGCACUUCAGUCGUGGAAACAAUUUAUUUUUCUGCAGUUUGAGUGGAAAUCCAAUCUGUUUUCGACCACCUUUUCCACAUCCUUAUUCUUCCUCGUUUCAUCUCCUCAGCCACCAACACUGCCCUCAACUUCCGAUUUUUUUAAAAAAUCCAGUUCCAAAGAGCAAAAUCACUCCUUCCACUCCUCAGUCCCCUGGGCUCAUAAAAUGUCAUGGUCAAAGUGGGCCAGUUCUGGUUAUGAUAAUAUCAACACCAUCUCUUUCCCCCUAUCUGGGUGAAGCUGCUUAUUGGUCCUCAGUUGGGUGGGAGUUGCCUCUUAGGUACUGUAUUGCUGUGAUUGGUGGCAUGGUUGUGCCUUCUAUGUGUUCUGGCACCAGCACAACAGUUUAAGUGUCUGGGAUUUCCCCAUUCUAGCUCUAGGUGAAGUCUGGCAUUUCUUUUGAGAAUGGAUAGGACCUGGCAUGCCCUUCUUGCUAUGUCUUCCUCUUUCUGUUAUGAAUCCUUAACCCUCAGUUCCCUGUUUUGUUAUCUAAACAAUUUUUUUGCCCAUAAAUAUAACCUUAUACUCACUUCCUUUUCCUGAUUAAAAUUCUAGUUUAAAUAAUAAUAAUUUUAUUCUUUAUACCCAGCCACUCUGAGGAAUUGAUCUUUUAUUUUCAAGCAUCUUCAUUCUCCUCCCCUCCUUAUUUUCUCUCCUUAUCUCUUCUCUUUGUUUGCUGCCUCAUUCUUUUUGUCCUUCUGUGACAUUUGUUUCUACUUAAAUAUAAAAUUGGCCUUACAGCUGUCUUCAUCUUCCCCUCACCUCCUUUGGCUUCAGGGUGCCCUGCCUUAUUAGAUUCAUAUUUUGCCCUCCUUGCUCUCCUUUUAAGUACUUUUUAAAAGUACAGUACUUCUGAAUUCCUAGAUUUCCUGAGAGGGACUGUGUUUAGUGGGACAUAAUCCCAGGUAAGUAAAGAUAGGAUUGCAGCCUAACAGUGCAAUCCUAACUAUGUCUGUUGAGAAGUAAGUCCUGUUGAAUUCAAUGAGGCUUACUGCCUGGUUAAGUAGAGAUAAAAUUGAAGCCCAAAAAGUGUGGUGAUGUUGCUGUUAAGGUAAAGUGGGUUUAGUUUGAGACUCUGUUCAGUGCUUGGGAUUAGAAGUCCUUUAGGCUUGCAGCAUGCUUUGCCACAGCUUAUGCCUUAUGUUCUCCUUUUUUGGGGGACAGGCAGAUCGGUACCAGCGCCUGAAAGACGAGGUUGUGCGAGCUCAAGUCCAGCUGCAACUCUUCAAGUUGUACCACAAUGAAGCUGAAAUAGAAAAACUGAACAAGGAGCUGGGCUCCAAAAACAAAGAGAUUGAUAAGGAUAAGAAGCGGAUGGACAAAGUGGAGGAUGAGCUCAAGGACAAGAAGAAGGAGCUGGGCAAAGUGAUGAGAGAGCAGCAGCAAAUCGAGAAGGAGAUCAAGUAAGCUGAUAGGUUUUAGUAUAGUGGGAAGCAAAGAAUCAAAUUUCAGAAUUCUGGGAUCUACUAUAAAAGCAAAACCAGGAGAUUUGGUUCUACCAACCCAGAUCCAAUCACCAUGAGGUCUCCUGAAUAUACAGGAUCUGUGUUAACACAAAUCAGGUGUACCAACAAACCCUAAAAUUGUACCGGACAACUGGUCAAUAGUUGCUUAGUUAACAAUGUGGUUUUGCGUGUGGGGACUUUGAGGCUAAGGCCAGGGCUAACUAAUCCCAAAUAAAAUCUUUCCUUGAUAUCCCUGUCCUAAAGCAAAUUGAUUUAGAGUGUUGUCAAAAUUUUUAUGUACAACAAUAGAUAGAAAGAAUAUCUCAAGCAAGAUAAUUUUAGUGAUACUCAAUUAAUCUACUCCAGAGAUCUUCAGACAGUGUUUGGGGAGAAACUUAGGGCUUCCUUGGAAGCUUAUCAGGAGCGCCUUGAUAAGAAGAGCAUUAAUGCUGGACGCAUUAUCCCCAAAUUAUAGAACUGUUUUAUCUACUUCUACGACAGGGGUGGAGAGACUGGCCUUCAGAUGCUGCUGGACUUGAACUUUGAUCACCCUUACCAUUUGCUGUGCUUUCUUGGGCUGAUGGGAGUUGUAGUCCAGGAACAUCUGGAGGGCCACAAGUUUCCCCAUCAUGACUUUAUAGCGUGCUGAUCUAGAAUGGGAGUUUGUCUUGGGCUUUCAUGGAAACUGGGUAUGCAAUUGCCAUACAUAACAAAAGCAUGGUGUUUUGCAGGGAAAAGGAUUCUGAGCUGAACCAGAAGCGCCCACAGUACAUCAAGGCCAAGGAAAAUACGUCCCACAAGAUAAAAAAGCUGGAAGCUGCCAAGAAGUCCUUGCAGAAUGCCCAGAAGCAGUAUAAAAAGCGCAAGGGUGAUAUGGAUGAACUGGAGAAGGAGAUGCUAUCUGUGGAGAAGGCCCGGCAGGAGUUUGAGGAACGCAUGGAAGAAGAGAGCCAGAGCCAAGGCCGGGACCUCACACUGGAGGAGAACCAGGUAUGGUCAAGGGAGUAGCUGAGAUGGGAUCUGUGGCUCCAAACAGUGUUGGAAGGAGGAGACUGUUAGUUUGCCUUUCUUGGUGCAGAAAGUAUUGAUCUGAUGUGUAGAGGUCUUUCCUAUUCUAAUUAAUUCAAGAGGGUUCUGGAAGCUUCUCUGUGUGAAAGAAACUGGUGCAAGCUGGAAGUUUCUAGCUGACACAUAAGUGUCUAUUCUAUUCAUGAUGUUUGGGUUAUUCCUUCAGAGAAGCUGAGUACAGCUGGCUUAAACUGGUCCUGUUAUCUCUUUCUGUCAAGGUCAUGCUGCCUAUAAUCAGAGGCCAGAAGGAGCUUGGGUUUCACUUUCUAUCUCUUUUCUUCUGGUCUGGUGUUCUGUAUAUAGUAUGCUCAGUGUUAAGGUUUUAGUCUUAUUAUAAGUUAUUAUAAAUCUACUGCAACUGGAUUCUUUAUAGACAGUGCCAACCCUGAAUGUAUUGGAUUUGUGACCGUUAUGCCCAUUUGCCUUCAGUAGCAGUAAAACUUUGCUGGAUGAAGUAUUAAUUGUCUCUGAUCUAUUUUUGGGGAAUCCUGCAACGUGUUUAAGUUUUUACUCUGCUAACUAUAUGUUGGAAUCUGCUCUGGAUCAAUAUGAGUAGUAUUCAUGUCAGAGACUUCAUGUGACUUUGGAAGAUAGAAGGAGCUACCUUAUACUGAACUCCUGCCCUAAGCAAUUUUUAAAAUAUUUAUGCAAUUUAUGUUCCACCCUGCUAUAGCAAAAAAUACUCAUGGUGUCUAAAAUGCAAUACAGUCAAAUAACAAAAUAAAUUGUAUCAGUAAGUUAGAAGUGAUUUAAAAGCAGCAGUUUUUUUUAAAGCACAAGAAGUCAUAGCUCCCACCCUCAAUUCCUGCUGAAAUAAAAAUAGCAUUUAAAGUAAGGUUACUGGACGUCUCCGUUUCCCAGAUUUACAAAUUAGUCCCCUGACAAAAUCCAUCUAUUCAGUAGGAAGUUGAAAAGUGUCCCCGGAUUCAUUGAAAAAAAUCUAGUAACCUUAAUUUAAAGUGCACCUAAAAGAGGGCAAUGAAGGGGCCAGGCAUUCCUCUUGGGGGAAACUGAGAGAGAAAGUUCCCAGGUGGGUUUUUACAGGAAGAGGUGGUUCCAUUUGAGAACGGACCUCCGGAAUGAAUUAAGUACUUAACCCGAGGUACCACUGUAAAAGGAUUGUGGCCCAAUUUACAAUCCCGGGUAGCUGUUCUGGGGGAAGCUCUCUCAAAAGCAACCACCUCUGUGUCCUGGGCAACUGUCUCCAAAAUGUUCCGCUCUCUUUGCUUCCUACUUUUAUCAAACAGGUGAAGAAAUACCACCGGCUGAAGGAAGAGGCCAGCAAGCGAGCAGCCACACUGGCCCAGGAGCUGGAGAAAUUCAACCGUGACCAGAAGGCAGAUCAGGACCGCCUUGAUCUGGAGGAGAGGAAGAAAGUAGAAACUGAGGUGAGUUGUUUUCCCUGUUGGAGCAGGCCUUCCCCAUUUCUCUCCUAUUUCCAGGACUUGGCCUGCAUUGCCACCCACUCAGGAUGUGCAUUGCCCCAUCCUUUGAAGUAAAAACAGAAACUCACCUGCACCUAGAAUAACUAGAUUUUGUCCUGAAUCUGCAUGUUUAUAACAGUUAGACAAACUGAGUGAAGUUGCUUAACUCCUCUCUUACUUUGCAUUUAUCUUUUACUGAUCAGCUUAGGUUUGCUCUGCUUCUGUGUUACGUGCUGUUGCUUUUUUAUGAACCCCCACAUAAUUGCACCUAGUCCCUCUCAAAUUUUUGCAUAAAUGAGUUCUCCUACAUUCCUUCCCAUUCUCCCCAUCACUUUUCCCGUCCUUUCCUUCCCUUCUCAUCAGUCAUCUCAGACACCCCCACCCCCUGCCUUUUGGUCAUCCCAUCGCCAAAAGCCGUGUCAAAGAAGAGAAAGGACUUUAAGCACAAAAUGUGUGAGGAGCCAUAACAGCAGCUUGUAUAUAGAUAGGCAUCAUAUAUUGCUUGAAACUGGUGACACUGUAUUCCUGAUUCCACAAGGCUUUAUACAGCUGGAUCUGAUCCAGUUCCGUAGUACAGAUCAAACUGGCCUUGAGCCUUUGGAAGGAGCCAGUAGUGGAAAAGGGUGCACAAGCUAGGGCUGGGCGAUAAAUCGAUGAAUUGUCCAAAACCGGUUUCAAGUCCAUAUUGUGAUAUCAGUUUCAUAGUUUUUCACCUGGAAGUAUAUUGCGAAUCAUGGGGUGGGUGGGUGCUAUGCAAAAAUUACAAUGUGGGAAAAACCAUGAAGCCACAAGGCUUCUCUUGAUUCCUGCAUCCUGUUAACUGCUGGCUCAGCUCUCUUCUGCCUCCUGCAGGGGGCAGUGAAUCGCAAGAGCAGGCGCCGGCAAAAAAUCACAAUGUGAGAAAAACCGUGAAGCCAGCCAAUGCCUCUGCGUAGCUCCAUCCUUAUUUCAGGCAUCAUGAUAUCGGUAUUUCAUUUUAUUUCACUUUUUAUUUGAAUACCAGCUUUCUAUAUUGCUAUACACAAGGCAGUUUACAGCAACAAAAUAUACAACAAAGAAUACACACCUUAUAAUACCGUAUUUUUCGCCCUAUAGGACGCACUUUUUCCCCUCCAAAAAUGAAGGGGAAAUGUGUGUGCGUCCUAUGGGGCGAAUGCAGGCUUUCGCUGAAGCCUGGUGCGCACCGACCCCUCUCACUCUCCAGGCUUCAGGAAGGUAUCCGCAAGUCGUGGGAGAGCUUCGCGCAGCUCUCUGCAAGCUGUGGGAGGGCUGCACGAAGUCGCACAGCUCUCCCACAGCUUGCGGAGAGCUGCCUGUUCUGGGGGCUGGGUUCGGGGGAAGCUCGGGCUUCCCCCGCCCCAGCCCCGCGCCUGGGGGGGGGGGAAAUAAUUUUUUUUCUUUAUUUCCCCCCCAAAAAACUAGGUGCGCCCUAUGGGCUGGUGCGCCCUAUGGGCCGAAAAAUAUGGUAAUCUGAUCCAAUACAAAAAGUUAUAAUAAAACAUAACUUUAAAAUGGAACAACUUAUAUCCAAAAAGUAAAAUUCAAUCCAUUAGAUUAUAAUCUGUUAGUAAAAGUAAAUAAUAGUAAAUUAAUCUAUUAGAAUAGUACACAAUAAAAUUAACUCUCAAAACAUCAUAUGAUGUUUAGCUGGUGAUAUAUCACAAUGUUGAAAACCAGAUAUUGUCCAGCCCUGAUGUAAGUGCAGCCCUCUCCAAGAUGGCAGCAGCAAAGCCAGCUCCACUGGGUUCUCCCAUCUCCCACAAGCACCAUUCUCCGUCCUGCCUUCCUUCAGGGAGAAGCCCUGGCUUUCUUCAUGUGCUCCAGUGGCAGAAGGGGGAGUGGACCCAAUGUCAGCCACUGACUGACUGAGUCCAGCAGCAAGAGUGUCAGUGGCACAGCCGUCUCUUAGACUGUUGGGCAGUGGAACCAGCCAAAGCAGGCAGUGCCUACAAAGUGAAUGGUUUGCACAGGAAUGGCUGGGAGACAGAUACAAGAUGAAAUGUAUUGAUUGUUGUGCUGCGAGAGGGAGGAAAGAGAACUGUUAUUCCAGUUGGUGAUGGGCAGGGAAGUUCAGCCUGUGGGCUGCAUCACCCUGCAGGGACUGCAGGGAAAGGGGUGGGAUAAUAAUCAUAGAGUUGGAAGGGACCCCAAGGGUACUCUAGUCCAAUCCCAUUCACUUCAUCCAUGAUAAUAGCCAUCCAGCCUCAGUUUAAAAACCUCCAAGGAAGGAGAGUCCACAACCUCCCCAGGGAGACCAUUCCACUGUUGAACAGCUCUUGCUGUCCGAAAGUUCCAGAUUGUCAAUAUCCUUCUUAAAUUGUGGCGCCCAGAACUGGACACAGUAUUCCAGGUACGGUCUGAUCAAGGCAGAAUAGAGCGGGACCAUUACCGCAUUUACUCGAGUCUAAUGUGCCAUCGAAUCUAAUGCACACCUCCGUUGGCAGAACCUUGAAACAAAAAAAAAGUAUUUGCUGGCGAAUGUAAUGCACGUAGACAAGAGGUGCACUCUUUACAACAGACAAGCUGAAAGUUUUGAGGUGCUGCAGGCCUGGCAGGGGAGAGGAGCCAAGCAAGGCGGCAGGGCUGUGCAGAUGCCAGGGAGCUGUCCUCCUUUCCUCCUCCUCCUCCAUCUGCAGUAGCUUCUUGAGGGGGGCACAGCUGUGCUCCCCUCAAUGGAGCAGUUUAAAGGACCCCACACCUUGCCUCUGGCUCGCACUAGCCAGUGGCUAGGUGCAAGGUCCUUUAAACUGCUCCAUUGAGGGGUGCACAGCUGAACACUCCUCAAUGGAGAGAUGGGAUGGAGCCCGCAUCCUGAUGCCGGCUAGCGCAAGCUGGCAGCGAAGUGUGUUUUUACUCAAGUCUAAUGCACCAUCGAAUUCAAUGUGCAUCCAAUUUUUCACAGCCUAGUUUGGCAAAAAAAGGUGCACUUUAGACUCAAAUAAAUACGGUACUUCCAUUGUUCUGGACACUAGGCUUCUCUUGAGGUAGCCUAGAAUAGCAUUAGUUUUUUUUGCUGCUGCAUCACACUGUUGACUCAUGUUAAGACUGUGGUCCACCAAGACUCCAAGAUCCUUUUCACAUGUACUUCUGGCAAGCCAAGUGUCCCCCAUCUCCAGGUAAAGGAGUUUGAAUAGCUUACUCCAUGACAGUGUGGGAAACCUCCAGCCCACAGGCCAAUCUCGGGCCAUUUCCCCCAAAUUACACCCACUCAGCCAUCAAUUGACAUCAUGGUGAUGUCAGCUGAUGGGCAGGGAGACAUGGUUUAUUCCUGUUUUGGCUGCAUGCCCUGUUCCUGGCAGUAGGGUUUAAUCUCCAUGAGAUCAAAUCCUGCUCAAAAGCCCCUUUUGAAGCAGCUCAUGUUGUCCUCCCGCGGGCAAGUGGCAGCAGCAGUGGGAAAGAAAACACUUCACCACCAGCCAACUGCCUGCUUGCAGGAAAAUCACAUGAGCUGCUGAAAGCAGUGCUUUUGGAACCCAGUGCUAAGCAGGAUUGCUCUCCCUUCAUGUGAGCUGACGCUAGAUGAUGUAUCAAUAUAUCACCCAGGACUGGUAUGAGGGGCAGACUGUGAUGGCGGCUUCACUCGGUAUAUUGCAUGUGAAGCCACUGCUGCUCCUGAGUCCCUCUGCCCUGAGUGAAAAACAAGCUUUAGCCGGGUGCUGGAGGUAGAGGGACUCAGGAGUGGCGACAGUUUCACCACCGAUAUACCACUGAGUGAAGCCGCCAUUGCACUCUGCCUGCAUACUUCAUCAGUGAGGUGCAAUACAGCUUGUUCCUCCCUCUGCUUGUUUAAACUGCUUGGCUGAGGAGCCUUCUGCUGCCGUUGCCGUUUUACGGAGCCCCUGACCUUCCCCUGGCUGACACAAGUUAGCAGCAGGGUGGGAGCUCCUUUAAAGUGCUCCUGCUCCCCAGCUGAGGGAGCCCCAAUCCUUCUCCUGCUGAUGGGAAUUUGGACGACACCAGGUCAGGGAAGACUGCUGUCAGAAGAUCUUCUGAACUCUCUUAGGAAUUGGUUGAGCAAGUUCCCAGGAAAGAGGUAUGUCAGGUCUUGGGGGACUUUUUACCCUCCAGCUGUUGCUGAACUACAACUCUCAUCACCUUUUUUUGUUGGGGCUGAUGCAGUUCUGGAGGGCCAAAACUUCCCCACACCUGCUGUAAGGGAAGCUUGAAGGUUUGUAUUUCCUGCUUCCAUGAAACAAGUGGAUUCCAGAGACGUACAGCCUUUCCAUACCCAAGAUCAAUCUUUCACCCUUACUUGGAAUGCAGGAUAUGCUUUUUAUGUUUUCCUCUUCGUAUAACCAGAGUAGUUUGAUCCUCCCACAGCUUUUUUACCUUGUCUCCCCUUUGCUCUCUGUCUGUCAGUCUCUUUAUUUCCCUAGAAGAGGGCUUCAGUGCCUCUUAGGUGAUCUAGCUUAAGUAAGUGUUUGCGGCUAACUAAUUUAAGACCAAUAGAUUAAGUGACCUUGUCAGUUGGUAAUGUUGCUUGUUAAAGUGGUUCUCAUUCAAGGGGGUCAGAGACUGGUCUUUGGCAUUGGUUGAAUAGGGCCCUGGCUUUGAGCUAAGCUCCACUGGUGCUUGCUCACAUUUGGCUUAUUCAUUUUGUUUUGUAGGCCAAGAUAAAGCAGAAAUUGCGGGAGAUUGAAGAAAACCAAAAACGUAUUGAGAAGCUGGAGGAGUACAUUGCUACUAGCAAGUAAGGGCAAGGAAGGGGCCACAUAAUAUUGGGGAUGUGUGCCUUAAGCAGACUCUGGUGGGGAAAGGAUAAGGAAGUUGGGCUCUCUUUUGGGAUUGCUUAGGAGGCCCACUCUACAAGUCAUCAUAUUAGUCCCUCCCAGCACAGUGCAACCAAGCCUGAUGCAGGCAUGGAGUGAUCAGGGAGUUCUUACUGCUCAUUCUUUAGGCAGUCCUUGGAGGAGCAAAAGAAGCUGGAGGGGGAGCUGACGGAGGAGGUAGAGCUGGCCAAGCGCCGGAUCGAUGAGAUUAACAAGGAGCUGAACCAGGUGAUGGAGCAGCUGGGGGAUGCUCGCAUUGACCGGCAGGAGAACAGCCGGCAGCAGCGCAAGGCUGAGAUCAUGGAAAGCAUCAAGCGCCUCUACCCUGGCUCUGUGGUAAGUGUAGAAGAACAAUAGCAAGCUCCUCAAGGCAGAGCCGAGGGUAUAUGGCAGAGGGUGGGUGGGGUAGAACUGGAGGCCAGGGCCCCUCCUUGCCUCAUUCCAUUUCCUUGUUUCCCACAGUACGGGCGCCUAAUUGACCUCUGCCAGCCGACCCAGAAGAAAUACCAGAUCGCUGUCACCAAGGUCCUGGGCAAGAACAUGGAUGCCAUCAUCGUUGAUUCAGAGAAGACUGGCCGGGACUGUAUCCAGUACAUUAAGGAGCAGCGAGGAGAGCCUGAGACCUUCCUGCCCCUUGACUACCUUGAGGUGAGGCCUAACAAGGCCUGGGCAUGGUGGUGGAUUACUGCAGAGAUCGAUAAAUCUCCAUGUUUGUGCUAGCCUGCCGAUGAUCAGGUGGUAUCUUUUUUCCUACCCUGCCACCUGUUCAGCUCCCAACACUUUCUAAAGGUAGCUCCCUCAGACUGAUUCUGAGGUAGGAUUUGCACAGAGCUCUUGCCCAAGGGACUCAGUUUUUCCCCCUUUUGCUCCUUCCCAUGUAGCCACCUUGCUUCAACAAUAAGCUGCUUUUAAAACAAAGGUAUACAUGUAAAGUUAUAAAGGUGAUGGGGAAGGACUGCCUCCACUUCAGUGGCUGGAGUAACUUUGAGUGAUCUGCAGACUGACAUAAGCUUGUCACUGUGCAUCUCUGCCUUCCCCCUGAGCCAAAACGCCUAUAUAUUGCAGGUGAAACCGACAGACGAGAAGCUCCGGGAGCUGAAGGGAGCCAAGUUGGUGAUUGACGUGAUUCGCUAUGAGCCGCCUCACAUCAAGAAGGCCCUGCAGUAUGCUUGCGGGAAUGCCCUUGUGUGUGACAAUGUGGAGGAUGCCCGUCGCAUUGCCUUUGGAGGGCACCAGCGUCACAAGGUCUGAGAAAUCUUGCGAGCCACUCUUAAGUUUCUUGCCUCUCAGCCUCCUCCAGAACUACAAACACAGUCCCAGUCAAGAUUCUACAGCAAGGAACCUUGAAUUUCUGUUAACUGCAUAGAUGUAUUACAGACUAAGAAAACGUGCUGGUAUUUCCUUUAUUUGGUUUCUGCUUUUUCUAAAAGGACACCAAAGCCCCAGCUUCUUGUUAAUGAAAAGCUUCCUCUGGUCUCAUCUUUGGUUUUGGAAAGUUUACCAAAGCUUGUUCAUUCACAACUGUCUUUACAGCCAGGAGGGCUAGAUACUUUUAAUGAAAAUUUAAAGAUGAGAUUUUUCAGGAUGCUAAAUUGUGCACUCAGUUCCCAGUUUGGUGUUUGCACAGAACUGCAGAACACCCUUGGCCCUGUCUUUGCUGUAACUCAAAACGUGCUGCUUCCUUCUGCAUAUUGUGUACUGUAGCAUAUUGUUACUGUAGCCAUCACUAGCUGUGGGUGACUGAUAGCCAAGACCUGAGGUGGCUGCUUCUUCUUGGCGUGACUUGCUGUGUUCCCUUCUUCGUCCUUUUCCAGACUGUAGCCCUGGAUGGGACCCUCUUCCAGAAGUCUGGGGUGAUCUCAGGAGGUGCCAGUGACCUGAAAGCCAAGGCCAGGCGCUGGGAUGAAAAGGCUGUGGACAAGCUGAAAGAGAAGAAAGAGAGGCUGACAGAGGAGCUAAAGGUUGGAAUGGCUUUUAGUUGCCAAGUUCUGCUACAAGCUCUAGAUAGCAUCAAUAGAGAAAUGUUGACUGGGAAGAAUUUGGGGCAUCAUUGAAGGUCCCAAGCUAAAAAUGCGCCAGGGCUCAUUUGGGAUGCUCAGGGGGUCUAACAGGGAUAGGGAGCACAACACCAAAAAAAGGGGACACUACAGUCCUACACACAUAAUUACAGGGUACCUAUCCAAUCUCAGGGAUUUGGUCUCCAUCAGAACUCAUAGCAGAUUGAGCUGACUGAUGGAAGAACAAGGUGAGAAGUAAUGGGGUGUUUUGCCAGGCAAGAGUGGGAUGUUGAGGAGAACAAGACAAGAGGCGUCAUUUUGGCUGAAGGGGUUGUGCUUAACACAAGCUUUCCUUAUGUUGCUCACCAGAAAUCCUUCUUCCUAAAGCUCCUUCUUGUUUCUGGUUUUGUUGGAUUUACUGGCUUUCCAUGAAUGCCUCUCCCCAAAUGUGGAUAAUCUGGCAGUAUUUAACUUGUUUAUAUUUUUAACAGGAUUUAUAUACCACUUAAUUGUAAAUAAGACCUCUAAGCUGUUUACAAAGAAUACAAAAUACAUAUUAAAAUUGUCAGCAAAAAGCAAAGUUAAAAUCAAGUUUCAAGAAAAUUAAAGUACAAAUAAAAUCAACAGUUAAAAUAUACAGUGUAAGCUAAAAUUCCAGAUAAAAUACUUGUUAACUUUUCAUGGAGAUACAUCAAACCACUGAGCACUUUAAAAGCAGUAAUUUUCAAGACUGGGAGAAGUGACAGUCAAGGCAGUGAGUACUUCCUUGUUCCUUACUUUCUCUCAGAGCCUGACAAGAGUUUAUGGUUUGGAAAGAGACUUUCAGACAGGAAUUGAAAAUGAUUGAAUGUUCCUCUCUACAAAAAUGGCUCCCUGAAUUUAUAAAACUAGCACAUAAAAGUGCAGUCUAGGCUAUGGAAGGUUGUUUUCUGUCUGUAAAAGUAUUCAGUUGUAUAAAUUCCCAGUUGUAGUUUGAAGUGGUGCAACGCAGGCAGAUGAUUACCACCUCUUAGGCUGUCUUCCUCAAUACCCUUCCUAAAAAGUAAGUCCCACCAAACUCAUUGGGGACUUCUGUGAAAACAGGCUUAGGAUUACCGUAUUUUUCGCCCUAUAGGACACACUUUUUCCCCUCCAAAAAUGAAGGGGAAAUCUGUGUGCGUCCUAUGAGGUGAAUACAGGCUUUCGCUGAAGCUUGGGGAGCAAGAGGGGUCGGUGCGCACUGACCCCUCUCGCUCUCCAGGCAGCUAUCAGCAAGCCUGGGGAGCCCGCGGGAGUUCCCGCAGGGCUCCCUAGGCUGCGGAUAGCAGCCUGCCGCCCGGCGCGUGGGGCGCCCUGAAGCAGAGCGCCCCUCGCGCCGGGCAGACAUCCGCAGCGUGGGGAGCCCUGCAGGAGUUCCCGCAGGGCUCCCUGCGCUGCGGAUAGCAGCCUGCUGCAAGGAGCGCUGGGCACGCUGAAGCAGAGCGCCCCGCGCUUCAGGCAGACAUCGGCCAGCCCCACAAGCUCGGGGGACAGCAGGGAGGCGCAGCGCCGCCAUCCCGCUGUUCCCCGACCUGGUUUUGGGGGGGAAAUAAAGGAAUUUCCCCCCCUUUAUUUCCCCCCCCCAAAAAAACUAGGUGCGUCCUAUGGGACGGAGCGUCCUAUGGGACGAAAAAUACGGUAUACUGCAUGUGCAUCACUGGCUGCAUUUGCAUGUGAUAUAACGUUUAGCAUUACAAGGACGAGUCACAGUGAGCAUCAGACUCAUAUGCUCUCCCUGCUGCCACCCCCAUUAUGACUGCAAGGAGUUUAGAAGCUUUUGCUUCUUUUACAUUAACCACUGCUUAUCUUGACAUCCAAACCUGGGGAAAGUGUGGUUAGUCCCAUCCAACCAAGUGGAAACAAGCCAAUUUCAAAACCAAUUUACAAAGUUUAGUUUGUAAGUAAUGCAGUUUAGUUCAAAGUAAUGAUACAAACUAUGGUUAAUCUAAAACAAAAGUGGAAGCUUCCAUUCUCCAUUUGGCCGUACUGGAGUAGGAAAGGUGGAAGCACUUGAGCUGUAACUCAGAUGAAACUACAUGAAACUACGUUUUAGCAUUGCACGCAAACUGGGCCACUAGCUCUUCGCAAUUGUGUGUGUUCAGUUAAAUAAUUUUUAUUAAUUUUCAAUUACAAAAAAUCCAAUAUAUGCCAUAUUGUAUCAGUGCCAAUUCACAAUUCCAAUUCAAAUAUAAUUAAACAGCCAAUUACAUAAUCAUAUUGUUUUUACUCCUGUGUGCUAGAUUUCAGGGUACGGCAUUUUUGUUUUCAUUCUGCUUCCGAAGGUUUGUUUAAUCCAAUUCCAUUCAAUCUUAAUCACAAUCCCUUACCCACAGCUACAACGUUUUUAACAUUUAUAUUAAAACAUUUAGUAUUCGUAUUAAAACAUUUAAUGAUUUAUAUUCCUGCAAGAAAAGUUCUGUAAUCCUUAAUUGUACCUGUGCAUGAAGUUUGUUUUAUAUUUAUAUCAAUUUAUUUUGUCCAUAUUGUUUCUUCUUAGUGUCCUUCAUGACCUGCACCGCUCAGCCACUUCUAGUCUCUCUCUCCCCCUUAGCUCAAAAAGCAAGGCUGUUAUUGCAAUUCUGUCAUAUGCCAUAUUUAUUUCGUUACAAUAAUAGAGAUAGUCUGGCAAUGCUUCGACAAGCCUCUGGUUUCUCUCUCCUUUCAUCUUUUCACAAUAACGAUCUGGUGUCCCACCAAAGCCUGGCAAGCCUUCAAAGACCCCUCUAAGGCAGCGAUACAAUGAAAAAUAAAUCCUUCCGAAUGGUUCAAAUCCAUACCCAUUUCAUGUACAGUUCUAUUUUGCGUUGUCUUCCAUUGACAAACUCCCAUUUUCUUUAAUCUUCUCCUGCCUUCCAUUAAUUUUUUAACAAUCGGGGUGGGUUUGCCAAAUCAUUUAUGUAGCAAACAAGAUGUAUAUAAAAAGGGUAAAGGCUCCCCCCCCCAUACCAUUGUUUACAAUGAAAGAAAUUUUUCUUUCUAUUUCAGAUCUCUAUGUCUUUGUAGCCAUUUCAUUUUAGCAGGUGAUAAUCUUGUCCCAUCUAUCCCAGCACGUGUCUGUAAAUUAGUUCAAAUUCUACUCUAAUAAACAGAAUAAUCUUUGCACCUUAAUUGCUGUGUUGAAGGGUUAUACUGAUAAGCAAAGUACUUUGGCACUCAGCUCCUCCUGCCUCCUCCGCCAUGGAAUCCAGGGAGAAGCAGGUAUGAAGGCGAUCUGCAAGUGAAGCUCACUCCCCCCCCCCCCGGUGCUGGGGGGGAGUUUGCAAGGACAGUUACCUUCAAAUGAUCCUUGUUUAUGCUUCGCUAACGAUCUCCACUAAUGUGGGAGUGGCAUCCAUUAAGGCAAACCGGAACCGGAAGCCGCAAGCAUGUGUGUUCAGUAUAUUUUGUCUGCAAUUACUCCCCCAAUGGACACCUUAGUUACACAAUUUGUAUUACUGUUUUUCCUAUGCUGGUGGACUGUCCCCAUUGCUCAGAUCAUCAAGCAUUUUUGGGAUAAUCAGGCAUUUUUGGGAAUAACUGACUUAAAUUGAUUCCUUCAGUCCUUAGCUAGGGGGUGCCAUUGCGCCGUCAAGUUUACGUUUAAAAAAAAGAUUUCCCAAACAAAUAGUGAUAGCUUUACUAGGGAUGAAAAGCUAUUCUGUGUAUAUGUGCCACACAUGCAUAACUUGGUUCCAGGUGUAUCCAUCAUGAGACUUGUUCACCAAAAUGAUUGAAGUGGACACAUUCCAGAGGAGCAGCUGUACUUGGUAUAUUUUAGCAAAACUGAAGAGCAGUGGUACAAUAAAUACUAACUAGCUUUCAGAUGCAGUUGAUGAAAUAGACACUUGUCUACAGAGAAACAUGCCUCAGCAAACGCUUUUUUUCUUCUUCUUGUGUUACAGGGCACCAUCAUUUUUGCUUGAAAUUACACUGUUCACGCAGUGCAUAAAUGCAUCUUUUCAGGGGACUGGGUCUAGCUACCUGUUGGGGAGUUGUUUUCAGCUUUCUGAGACAGCAUUGGGGCUCCUCCUUUACGUCUUAUGAAUUUAUUCCUGGAAUUUAGCUGCUUCACAUUGGCUGCAGCAUAACAACAAACUUGUUUUCUCAUUCCAUUUUUCUUUUUGCACCCAACUCCCCCUACAUCUCCUUUUCUCAUUUCCAGGAGCAAAUGAAAGCCAAGCGGAAGGAGGCAGAGCUGCGCCAAGUCCAGUCCCAGGCCCAUGGCUUGCAAAUGCGUCUGAAAUACUCCCAGAGUGACUUGGAGCAAACCAAGACCCGUCAUCUUGCUCUCAAUCUCCAGGUAUGAUGGCUUGCUGGGACCAUGCAUCCUUCAGGCCUCCAACUUCCAAGGUAGCUCUCUGAGUUUUGUAGGGGAUGCUGCCUCUUGCCUUAGAGCUAAAGCAGCAGGUGCAGCAGAAGAUGCUUGGGGAUGUUCAUUUGGAGGGCUGUCCUGGGCAACCAUCAAAGACUACCAAGGUUGGGCAUGCAAGUUCACCCCUCUACUGGAUGUAAACUCUGAAGCCCCAGUCUUGCCAUGAUCAGUUUGCUUGAGAGAGAUUCCUACCAUCAGUCCCUCAGUUCCUUCUGAAUUAUAUCCCUAAUAGAAUGCUAUACCCAACAGGAAAAGUCCAAGCUGGAAAGUGAAUUGGCCAACUUCGGGCCCCGCAUCAAUGACAUCAAACGCAUCAUCCAGGGGAGGGAGCGUGAGAUGAAGGAGCUCAAGGAGAAGAUGAACCAGGUAUGAUGGAUCAAGACAAAGUUGUUAAUGCUUGUUACUUUUAUUUAUUUAUGUAUUUAUUAUUAUUAUUACUACUAUUACUUUUAUUAUAAAUUAUUAUUAUAUAUCUCUAUCCUACCCUCAAUCCCCAAAGAGCCUAAGGUGGUUGUGGAACUUCUUAAGGAAAAUCUAUACAAUGACUAAUGUAUCUGCAGCGGUCUUUGUCAACAUAGUGCACCUGCAGGCUGCACUGAUAAGAUUUGUAGUCCCAAAACAUCUGGGGAGCACAAGGUCAAUGUCUGCUGAACAACUACAUAUCUAAGCAAUAUAAAAAUCAUCUCCACAAGAAGCUGCUGAAUCUCAAACAACAUCCAGUUUCCAAAUGCCUCAGCAAAGAAAAAAUCUUCAGCUCUUGCCUAAAUACAACAUGGGGGACAAAUGCCCUUAUCUGAGGGAGGCGGUGUCCGCAGAGAAUGCUCUGUUUUGGGUCACUGUCUCAUGAGCUGUACUCAUUUGUGAUGCCACCAGCAGGGGCUUCCUGCAUAUCUUAAAGCACAGUGCUUGGAUUUCAAGACUAAUAGGGCAAUACCUUGGAAUGGGCUUGUUGGCUCAAAGGUGGUGAGUGUUGCUUUUACGACCAAUGACACAGUCUCACCUUACUGCCCUGCUUAAAAGGCUGAGAGCCACAUUUUACAUCAGCUGCAGCUUCCGGACCAUUUUUAAGGGGAGCUCCAUGUAGAGUGCAUUACAGGAGUCACUAGUUAACACUCCCAAAUCAGUCUCUUAAGCUUAAGCCAAGAAAUAGUAUUCUCUAUGAAAUUGAAUAUCAAUAUACAUAUCAACAAAAGACUGAGUUAAGCUUUUGAAAAAUCCAUUGAAAUCAAACAUAAGUUCAUCUUAGAUUGGGUAGUUCGCAAGUAUCUGUGGCUUUGCACAAGGUUUUGUAUUUUUCUUAGAAGAUUGAUAUAGAAUGUAUAAUUACUUUGGUAAUUAUUGUGUGUAUAUUAGUUGCCAACGUGUUGCAUGAGUCGUACUACUCCUACUCCUAUACUAGGCUGAGCUAGCUGAAAGGGAGGUUCCAGAAUGGGAACUAGCCUGAAAGGGGCAGGACAGAAAAGUCUGAGAAAGGGGGGUUAUCAGAAGGCUACAGCAAUGGCAGGUGUUGGGAAAAGAGUGAGGCAGGUGACCUGGUCUUGACAUUCUGGUGGCUUUGAAGCUGUGUUCCAGGAACUCAGAAAGUGGAACACAGGUAUGCCUGGUAAUAAAAAACUCUGGGUCUAAGAAAUUUAUCUGGAUUCCUUAUUCAUGGAUGACAAAAAGCUAGCCUGCCCACCAAUACAGAUCUUUUGCAAAGCACAAACUGGGCAGUGGCGUUCAGAUGUGUUUUAGGGUGCACUGUUGGCUAAUGUGGGGAUUGGCCAUAACUGUAGUAGACCACAUGCAUUGCCUACAGGAGGUUCCAAGUUCAAUCUCUGGUCUCUUCAGUCAAAAGGACCAGGUAUCAAAUGCUGUGUAGGCUCUCAGACCCUGCAGAGCCACUUCUAAGCCACAGCCAGCCAGAAUAGGCAGUAGUGGGCUAAUAUGAACAAAUAGUCUGACCUAGGAUAAGGCAGGCUGCUAGUAUUGGAGCCCAGUCAGCCUUUCCAGCACAGGCUGCCUUUACUGUGUGCCCCAGAAUCAUCACACAGAGGCUGUGUGGCAUUCCAAUCAAUGUGGAAAAAGUUUCCUGAAAGUGGAAAUUUGGUGUUAAAAAACCCACUCAAAACUACUCUGCUCCAUCUCAUCCUGCUCCUCUCACUUUAGUUUCUUCCCAUCUUUGCCAGGUGGAAGAUGAGGUAUUUGAGGAGUUCUGCCGGGAGAUUGGGGUGAGGAACAUCAGGGAGUUUGAGGAGGAGAAGGUGAAACGCCAGAACGAGAUUGCCAAGAAAAGGUAACCAGCCCAACUUUGUGCCCUCAUGAAGUCUCCCAGGUUGAGGAAUGCGAAAGCCGUGUGGAUGCAUGGAUGGGUUUGGAUCUGAGACCCAGUUUUAACCCCUGUCCCUCUGCAGGUUGGAGUUUGAAAACCAGAAGACCCGCCUGGGCAUCCAGCUGGACUUUGAGAAGAACCAGCUGAAGGAGGAUCAGGACAAAGUGCACAUGUGGGAGCAGACGGUCAAGAAAGAUGAAGCUGAGAUAGAGAAACUCAAGAAGGUGCCAGGGUGGGCCGGUAGUGGCUAGGAGGGUUUGGUCAGGCAGUUCCCUGUGGCUUGAAGGUGGGGAAGAAGGCAGUAGAGUCUAUGGUCGAGCUCAUAGUCUCUCUGUUUCUCUCUGCCCCCCACUUAAGGAGGAACAGCGGCACAUGAAGAUCAUUGAUGAGACCAUGGCACAGCUGCAGGACCUGAAGAACCAGCACUUGGCCAAGAAAUCUGAGGUGAACGACAAGAACCAUGAGAUGGAGGAGAUUCGGAAGAAGCUGGGCGGAGCCAACAAGUGAGUCUUGGCUUCUGGGGGCAGAGGCUAGGGAAUGUAGGAAGGGAGGCUGUGGAGGGAUGCUUGAUAACCUUUCCCCUUUCUCUAAGGUGGGAAGUUUGUAAAAUGGCUGGAGGUGAAUCCUGUGCUAGAUCUGACCAAAUGCAGUAGCGUCCUCCUCCGAGGGGCAGCCAGCCAGAAGCCUCUGGGACAACUCCCCUAUGGGUUGUCCUUAACAUCUAGUCCUUGGAGGUCCACUUCCUCUGGACAGGAAGGUUCUGUUUAACUGUUAUAGUUGAUAGCUGUUGAUGGCAAAAAUGUCUCUAUAUUUCUCUUCUUUUUUUAUUUGAUUCAAUUUAAUAUUUAUACCAAAUAUUAUCAAUAUUGACUUUUGCUCUCAGGGAGAUGACUCACUUGCAGAAGGAAGUGACAGCCAUUGAGACCAAGCUGGAGCAGAAGCGCAGUGACCGCCACAAUCUGCUGCAAGCCUGCAAGAUGCAGGACAUCAAACUGCCCCUCUCUAAAGGCACCAUGGAUGAUAUCAGUCAGGAGGAGGUAAGCAGAGUCUCCAUCCACGUAUAGCAGAGGGUGGGUAUGAGGCCCAAGCAGGAGAGUGAGAUGGUUCUCUUUUGUUUUGAUUCGGGUGCAGGGUGGCUCCCAGGGGGAGGAGGCAGCCAGCAGCUCACAGAGGACUUCCAACAUGUAUGCGCGAGAAGCUCUCAUUGAGAUUGACUACAGUGACCUCUCUGAGGACCUGAAGGUGAGCUUCCCCUUGGGUCUGCUCUUCCUGGGGAAUAGCUGGGGGGGGGGGAGGUGGCCUUUUGUCCCCAGGCUAGUGGCAAGUCCACAAAGCAAAAAUGUACAUGUGUUCAGGUCACUUAUAUAUUCUUUUACUUAUUUAAAAUAUUUAUGCCCUGUCAUUCUGUCAAAUGAUCUACGAGGUGGCUUCAAUCCAAAAUAAAAGCUGCAUUUAAAACCAGCAUAAUAACAGAACUGCAGGGCAGAAUGAACAGUAAUAAAUUAAAAAUGAGUAAGAAAAUGCUGGAACAUUGUUUAUUUGUUAGCUUCCCCCGAUCCCUACAAAAAGGUAAACCAAAAGCUUUAAAGUACUUCCACAAGUCCCUUAAUGAGGAAGCCUGGGGAGUUGCUCUCAGGAAGGAAUUCCAGAUUCUAGGUGCACAUAAAUAACAUCGGCAGCACUGGUAAUGGGGGAAUUCAAAGCAGCAUCUUCAAAGUUGCAUCUGAGUGAAUGGGCUGGUUCACGUAGGUGACAGCCAGUGCCCAACCCCUUUAGGCCUUUACAUUCCUGAUUCUGCUUGAUAGAGGGUUCUCCACUUGUCAAUCUUCCCCUGGUUCUUCAGGGAUAAAAUGGGGCUGUCUUCCCUAUGUUCUUUGUCAUCCACAUGUCAUCAUCCCUUUUGUCUCCGCUGAACCAUGGAUGAUCCGUGUGCCUCAUAAACGUAAGUUUGGAACUUCUGUUUAGAAAAAAAAUGUUUUUAUCUUUUAACUUUGCAACCUGACUUUCUCUUUACCUGACCCUUUUGUUCUUAAAGAAGUCUUUAAGAAAAUUGGAAUCUGGAGUUGAUUGUGUACUCUGACCUCUCAAGGAUCGCUCCUGCAUAUGCCAUAACAAUUGUCCGUGCCAUAGAUUGAGUUAAUGGGCAGGGGAAAGGGAUCCUGAUUGGACUGUGCCCCAGUGAUGAUGGCAGAGAGUUUGCUAGAAAGGCUUUUCUCUCCCAUAUAUUUAGCCCCAAAGGUCCUGAGGAUUCUCACCCCAGACUUCAGUUGGCUAGAGAGGGUAGUGGCAUAGGUGCAUCACUAAGGCAGAUGCAUCUGGGUUCUCUGGAAAUUUCUGGGUUUGUGGGGGGGUGGGGAUGAUGACUAUUAGAGUCUCUGGCUGCCUGAACCGCCUCCCAUCAUUCCCGCCUACAGGAUUCCCAGGCUGAAGAUGAGAUCAAGCAGGAGAUGAACCAGCUGCAACAGAAGCUGAAUGAGCAGCAGAGCAUUUUGCAGCGGAUUGCUGCUCCUAAUAUGAAGGCAAUGGAGAAGCUGGAGAGUGUGCGGGACAAGUUCCAGGAGACCUCUGAUGGUACUGGACCCCCCUCCUGACCUCUCUUUAGAGUGCUGGGGACCUGGGCCGAGGGCUUCUGCUGGAGGGCUGGGAAGACCCAUGCUUACACUUCUUCCUUUGCUCUGGUAGAAUUCGAGGCUGCCCGGAAACGUGCCAAGAAAGCCAAGCAGGCAUUUGAACAGAUAAAAAAGGAGCGCUUUGACCGCUUCAACUCCUGCUUUGAGUCAGUGGCCACCAACAUCGAUGAGAUCUACAAAGCCCUGUCACGAAAUAGCAGUGCCCAGGUGAGGACACCCCUGGCCUACCAUGGACAGCUAACAAUGUUAUAAACGGUUCUUGUGUGUGAUCCAUGUUUUGACAAACAUUAAAGCCAAGGAACCUAAAUUCUGAGUUGAGCAAAGCUGAAUUCUGCGUCCAGUAUGAAUUGGAUAAAUGGAGGAAAUUUGCACAGUGUCUUAUUUUUAUACUGUCCUUCCUGCUAAUAUUUACUCUUUAGCACCAUUUAUUCUGUGCUUUUUAUUCACGUGGAGAGGCAAUACGCUAUUCCCUGCCUUCAGAGAUCUCAGCAGGCAGCACCCACUUACAUCCAAGCAUAUCUUCUGACCCAUGGGAGCUAGCAACCUGCUGUUCUAUCUUUUCUCAUUUUUCAAACAAUUUUAAAUAGAGCAGGAAGUCAAAUUCAACACCGCAUUCAGCGCUUUUUAUGUAUCUCCACAGAAGUGUACCAUACAUACAGACAAAUACUAUGAUGUUCAAAUAUUUUAGGGAUUAUUAUGGGUGCCAUGUCUUUAAAAUUGGAUGAACCCUAUAAAGAGUGUGUGUGUUUUCCUCCCAUGAUCGACCAAAGGUUGUUUUAUUGUAAAUGGAAGCCAAUUUACUACAAAUUGGAAAUCAAAAAUCCAUUAACCAUGGGAAUCAGAUUUUGAGAGUUCGCUGCCAACAGAUUAUAGAAAUUGUGUUCAUGCAAAUUUGCUUUCUAGUUGCAAACAGAAUUGUCUUCUAAAACAUCAAUCUAAACCCCAGAAGACUGAUUACAGCCUAGCUACUGUUCUUUUUAUUCAUAUGCAAAAUAUGCUAUUUAUUCAUGUGUUGGGCUUUGAAAUGCUGUCCCAUAUUGUCAUCAGACAAAUUGUACCAACUGGCAUUCGCUUGAGCCUUCUAGUGCCAUGCUUUGUGGAGUCAGGCUCCUGUGUGCGUAUUCCAUGCUGCAGGGGGAACUGUGCAUGCUGCCUCAGUCAAAGCAGCUGUAGGAGCACACUUGUUUGUUUGCUUGCUUGCCUGCUUGCUUGCUUGCUUGCUUGCUUGCUUUCUGAGGAGUGCGGGACCUAAUAAAGCCCUCAUUGCCCCUAAAUAGAUGAUGGACUCUGUUGUCAGCCAGCUCCUCAGUGGUGGCUUUUUGCAACUAUAUUUGAUUAUUUUUAAUAAUGUGCCAUGUUUCUUGGCUUGCUGAGUUAUAUUAGAAGUAUCCAAAUUCGUUUGAAUUCCACAAUACUGUUGUUGCCCAGAAGCCUCUGAGGUAGCUCUCAACCCACCCCUCUUGGGUGUAUUGGACUAGCAAAGCCCUAAUACAUCCAUCUUUCCAUCUUCCCUUACAGAAUUUUAUUUUCAUAGGGUCUCGCCCUGUUUCAUCAUACUGUGAAAUUGAUCUAAGCAGCUGUCUUACAGCACAUUAGAUCAUCAGUCCACUUAGCUCAUCCAUCACUGUCAACGCUGACUGGCAGCGGCUCUCUGAUUUCAGAAAGCCUGGAAUUUUCCCCAGCCCUGCCUGGAGAUGCCAGGGGUUGACCUGGGAGUUUUUCAAUGCAAAACAUGUGCGCUACCCCCUGAGCUCUGGCCUUCCCCAUUAAAGAUGGUUUUGAGGUAUUGACCACUGGUGUGAAGACUUCUGAUUGUCUCCCUUCAUCCCUUUUUCUCUAGGCCUUCCUAGGCCCCGAGAACCCAGAGGAGCCUUACUUGGAUGGCAUAAACUACAAUUGUGUAGCCCCUGGCAAGCGCUUCCGGCCCAUGGACAACCUGUCUGGUGGGGAGAAGACAGUGGCAGCCUUAGCUCUACUUUUUGCCAUCCACAGGUAAGGUCAGCCUUUACUAAGGGGGUGGGGAGGGACAUUGCACACUGCAAAGGUUCACAGUCCCAUGUUCUCUCCAGCAUCUGCAGUGAAUGGGUAGGAAAGGCCUCUGCCAGAGACGCUGAAGAGCUGCUGGUCUUGGUGGACCAGCGGUCCAUCUCUGUACAAGGUGGCUUCAUAUUGCUGGCUCUCUCUCUUUAUCCACAGCUACAAACCUGCUCCAUUUUUUGUCUUGGAUGAGAUCGAUGCUGCUUUGGACAACACCAACAUUGGGAAGGUUGGUAGGAGGCUAAAUCAGAUGGGGCAGCUGGACAUUACUGGAUCAGAUUUGAAGAAAAGCAAAGGGAGGGUUGGGCUGAUCAGUUCUCCUUUUCAACCUUCUCCCUCUGACAUCCCCACAGGUGGCCAAUUACAUCAAGGAGCAAUCUACGUGCAACUUCCAGGCCAUUGUUAUUUCCUUGAAGGAGGAAUUCUACACCAAGGCCGAGAGUCUCAUUGGUGUCUACCCUGAGGUAUGGAAGUGUAACAGAGAAUUAUAUUUCAGUGCUGCUGACACCUGUCCACUGCCUGCCUGUAUUAAUGACAGUAAUGUGUUUGUACCCCCUCUGACAUCCAUUCCUUUUUAAACCUUGUGCAAUCUAGAGAUAUGAAGGCCUCAAAAUGAGGUGACCUUGCCAUGAAGGAAGGUGAAAUAGGGUUGGGCGAUGUAUGGAUUUCAGAUUGGGAUAUAUCACCAGCUAAAUUCUGUGGUAGGGAUGCAGGUGGCGCUGUGGGUUAAACCACAGAGGUUGGCGAUUCGAAUCCCCGCGACAUGGUGAGCUCCCGUUGCUCGGUCCCAGCUCCUGCCAACCUAGCAGUUCGAAAGUACGUCAGAGUGCAAGUAGAUAAAUAGGUACCUCUCCAGCGGGAAGGUAAAUGGCAUUUCCUUGCACUGCUCUGUUUCACCAGAAGCGGCUUAGUCAUGCUGGCCACAUAACCCAGAAGCUGUAUGCCGGCUCCCUUGGCCAGUAAAGCGAGAUGAGCGCUGCAACCCCAGAGUUGUCCAUGACUGGACCUAAUGGUCAGGGGUCCCUUUACCUUUACCUUUUUAAAUUCUGCGGAAUACUGAUACAGUUGUACCUUGGAAGUCGGAACAGAAUCCAUUCCAGAAGUCCAUUUGACUUCCAAAACAUUUGGAAACCAAGGUGCAGCUUCCUGCAGCCAAUUGGAACCCACGGAACCUGCAUUGGAUGUUCGGGUUCCGGAGAACGUUCGCAAACCGGAACAUUCACUUCUGGGUUUGCGGCGUUUGGGAGCCAAAACGUUUGACUUGCAAGGCGUUCAGCUACUGAGGUACGACUGUAUAUCACAAUGUCUGAAAUGUAUCUGGUCGCUUCUUCCUCCCCACCUUAGGGGAGGAAGAAGCAGUCAGACACAUCACCCAGGCUUUCAGCUGAGCAAGCCCCUUAAUGUACCACUCUGGCUCCACGCAAGCUGGAGGGUAGGGUCACAGGGGCUUCCUCAAACUGCUCAGCUGGGAGGUGGGAAGGCUCUCACCCCCCAGCUGAGCAAGGCCCAGUACUGCUCUGGCUCAUGCAAGCUGGAGGGUCUCAGGGGCUCCUUUAAACUGCUCAGGUCGGAGCAGAAAGCUUCCUGCCUCCCAGCUGAGUAAGUCCAUCUGUCUGCAUGUUUGCCUCCACACAAGCAAGCGGCCGCUCUCUUACUCCUGACCACCGCUGCCAGCACAGCAGAGACAGGCGGACUGUUCUGGCAGUGGCUGGGGGACUGCGAUAUGUUGCCAACUCAAAAACUCUGAAACUGGUAUUGCAAUCUGAACGUAGUAUCAGUUUCAGACAAUAAGUUGAAAAAUCGCCCAGCUCUAGCCCAGAGAAGGGGGUGUUUGGGGCACCAUUAAAGGCAGCAGCUUAGGAGGCAAACACUUUUUGGGGAAAUUCUCUGGCAGGCGCCUCCUUUCAGGGCCUGGGGGUGCUAGUCUGCAAAGAAGCCCUUGAGGGAAGACUUCAGACAUAAGUCUGUGGGGACAGUCAGGUUGCGGUUGCUCAGUGACGAGUGAAAGGUCGCUCUUUUUACGUGCUCGGAGGUGCUGGUUUUUUAUUACCUCAUAUCUGCUUUAGUUUUUUGUUUCAGAAGAGAAAUGACCCAAAAAUGGAGGGGGUGAUAACCAAAUGGAUGUUUGGAAAUAUUACAAAGUUUAAAAAGAAACAGAGGCGUACCUAGGAUCCCUUGCACCCUUGGCAAGGGGGCUGUAUUGGGGUGGGGAGGCCGUUCCAAUAAAAAUCACUUUACUGCAAUAGUCACAUUAGAAAUUACUACAUUUUACACUACCCAAGUACUCAAAGCUUCCAGAGUGAGGAUGAGGCAAGGAGGAAGGGUGAAAGAAUUCACACACCUUUGUGCUGCAGUGUGAGACGGGCAGAAAGCUUCUCCUGUGUUUGAUUUUGCCAUGAUAGCAGCAGCACGUUGCUGCACACAUAAAAUCAUAUGCUUCAUAGUCUGAUAGGUGGUUUUUGCAGGGAGUCCGUCUGGGCCUGUGCCCCCAGCAGGGGAUGGUUUCACCAACCCCUAGAUACUCCUCUGAAAAGAAAGAAGGGUGGGAUUAGAAGACUAAGAUAACCUGCUGUACAGUUGGUUUCCCCACUCUCCUUCUCCUAAAAAUCCUGGUCCUUCCUUGUCCAAGGACAAGAGUGACUCAUGGGAGCCUGUUUGCCCUCAGGAGGGCUGCUCUGUUGGGGUGAUCUAUGAGAGUAAAGGAGCAGCUGUCACAUGACUUUCCCUUUCCUCUCACAGCAAGGAGACUGUGUCAUCAGCAAAGUCCUGACCUUUGACCUCACCAAGUAUCCGGAUGCCAAUCCAAACCCUAAUGAGCAGUAAAAGCAGAAGAAAGAAGCUGGACACCAAGGCUCACUGUUUUUUUCAAAACCUUCCUCCGUUGCUCCCCUUUCUGCCCUCCAAAGGCCUUAACUGUUGUCUGCCCUUUAUUUAUCCUACAGAAUGUUUAGCGGGUUUGGGAAGGGGAAGUGUUGAGGGACUGGGGUAUUACUGAUGACUGUAGGAUAGCAUUUUUGUGUGCUUAAUAGCAGAUUGUUCCUCCAACUGUAGCUGUAGAGCAACAACACUCUGUUUUUAAAAUAAGAAGUCAGCAUCUCUUAUUGCUGGGGAUGGGAAGAAAAAAGGAGGAAUGUUGUUCCUCCCUUGUACCUUAAUUUGCUUUUAAAACUCUUUAUAGGACCAAAAUCAUGGUGGGUUCAGGAGGAUUCCUCCUGUGCCAAGCUCUCACCUGUUAAGGUGUGGCUUCAGAUCUUGCUUUUUUCUAGCCUGAUAUCAUGUGUAUAUGUGUUUGUGUGUGAUUGAAAUUAAAAUAUGUUACUUCAAUCCGCUAGGAGUAUUCUUGUGGCAGAUCAUGUGGGAGGGGAAGGUUGGUCAGGUUGGGACGGUGGUGGGAGAAUGCGCAUGAAUUCCUUCUGUCAAGGUGUGCCAAGGUUGGGCCAGCGUCACCAAGCCUCUUGAACAUUAUUCUACACACACAUCCCCACCCCAUAAAUCCUGGAUCUUGCAUGAGUGCUGACAAAUAUGUCAGGGAUGGACGCAAUUUACUAACAGGGUCCUUAUGCAUACAGUUCAGGGGAGGGUGUUUGGUUUUUUCCAAGGCAAAGACAUAUCUGAUACCAAUUGGUUGUUUGCUAGCAACUGAAUUGCAUUGUAAUUUUGCAAGGGGCAGUCAAACUGUUAUAACGACACUCCAGAUGUUCUGAUUUGACCUAGAGCUGUUGCUGGCCUUGAUGGACCUGUUAAUUCAAGGGAUUAUAAUAAAAACCAUGUAUACGCCAUUUCUUUAAAAAACCAAAUCUUAAAAUUCUGUGCCCAAUCAAGCAAAUUCUCUACCAAUGAAAGCUGAAUUCUACAAUAUAUAUAGUUUGAGCUGCGUGUAUCUAUUUUUACAUGAUUCUGGAUAGUUCUUCAUAGAAUUGUAGAGUUGGAAAGAACCCCAAGUAUCAUUUUGUCCAGAGCUUUCCAAACUUUUCAUGUUGGUGACACACCUUUUAGACAAGCAUCAUUUCGUGACACAGUGAUUCAGUUUUACUAGCAAACCGGAGGUUCAACUAACCCCUUUCCAGUCCCAGGAGGAGCACAGGGAGCAUUCGUGUGACACAGCCACACACUGCAGCCGAUACACUAACGUGUCACGACACAGUUUGGAAAGCACUGAUCUAGUCCCAACACCCUGCAAUGCAGGAAUCUCAACUAAAGUAUCCAUGAUGGAUGGUCAUGCAGCCUCUGUUUAGAAACCUCCUAGGAAGGGGAGUCAACAACCCCCUGUGGGAGUCUGUUCCACUGCCAAAGAGCUCUUACUGCUGGAAAGUUCUUCCUGAUGUUUAGUCGGAAUCUCCUUUCUUGUAACUUGAAGCCAUUGGUUUGUGUCCUGCCCUCCACAACAGGAGAAAACAAGUUUGUUCCCUCUUCCAUGUGACAGCCUUUAAGAUAUAUAAAAAUAUAUCUCCUCUCCGUCUCCACUUUUCCAGGCUAAAGAUGCCCAGCUCCUUCAACCGCUCCUCAUAAGGCUUGGUUUGCAGACCCUUGAUCAUUGUGAUCUCCCUCCUUUGCACAUGUUCCAGUUGUCAAUAUCCUCAAAUUGUGACACCCACAACUCGACACAGUAUUCCAGGUGUGGUCUGAUCAAGGCAGACUAUUUCCCUUGACCUGAACACUAGACUUCUGUUGAUGCAGCCUAGAAUAGCAUUAGCUUUUUUCCCUGCUGCAUCACACUGUUGACUCAUGUUAAGCUUGUGGUCCACCAAGACCCCUAGAUCUUUUUCACAUGUACUUCUGGCAAGCCAAGUGUCCCCCAUCUUAUAUUUGUGCAGCUGAUUCUUCUUGCCCAAGUGUAGAACCUGACAUUUGUCCCUUUUGAAAUUCAUUUUGUUCGUCUGGGCUCAGUUCUCCAAUCUGUCAAGGAGUGCUCUGAUGGUGUUUCCUGCUUGGCAGGGGGUUGGACUCGAUGGCCCUUGUGGUCUCUUCCAACUCUAUGAUUCUAUGAUUCUAAGGUCAUUUUGAAUUCUGAUUCUGUCUUCUGCAACAUUAGCUACCUAUUUAGCUUCAUUUAUCCUUACUUUGCUGAUGAUGGGAAGUUAUGGGGCUCUGUGGCGUACGCCUUGCUUUGCACCACUGGAAUGCUGUGGCUUUUAUGUGUGGCACAUUCUUCACUUGCAUCUAUCUAGUCAUAGAGAAUAGAAGAUGCUCUUUUAAAAAAUGAAUAAACAUUGAAAUCCUUAGCUG